UUUGCGUGUGGAUUUUCAGGUUCCACCUAGUGUGGGUAACACGCGUGUGUGUGCGUGUUGUUUUGUGAGUGCAUGUAUGUGUGUGUGUGUGUGUGUGUGUGUGUGUGUGUGUGUGUGUGUGUGUGUGUGUGUGUGUGUGUGUGUGUGAGUGAGAGGGAGAGAGGGAGUUUGCAGCGUGGUUGUUGUAGCCGUACCCAGCGUGGAUACUGUCACCGCCUUGCACCGCAGGCAGGCACCGUGUUCCUACAUGCCAGUUACCGUCGGGGCUCCACAAUCUCGGGCCAGCAAUGACCGAAAUCCCCUCAACCAAACCGGCCAACGGGGAUGUAUGUCAGCGCGUAAACGGAGUGAAACCGGAGAGGAACGGGUUGUUGAAGAGCCUCCAGAGCUGCCAUGAGAGGACACCCAGACACCACUGCCAGCCCGAGGAGGAGGAGGUCCAGGCACCAUCACAUCAUGAUAGCCUGUACAGACGGCCCUUCGUCGAGUCUUUCGAGGAGACGCCCAUGCUGGUGGCCGUACUCACCUACAUGGGCUACGGGAUCCUGACCGUCUUCGGCUACCUACGUGACUUCCUCCGCCACUGGAAGCUCGAGCAAUGCCACAUCGCCAGGGAGAAGGAGGAGCAAAAGGACUUUGUGCCCCUCUACCAAGACUUUGAGAACUUUUACACCAGGAACCUCUACAUGAGAAUCAGAGACAACUGGAACAAGCCAAUGUGCAGUGUCCCAGGGGCCAAGAUGGACCUGAUGGAAAGAGCCACCCUGGACUACAACUGGACGUUUGAGUACACAGGGCGGGUAGUGCAUGAUGUGAUGAACUUGGGCUCAUAUAAUUAUCUUGGCUUUGCUGAGAACACAGGCCCGUGUACUGACUCUGCAGCCAAGGUCACCAUGAAGUACGGCGUUGGAGUUGCAAGUACCCGGCAGGAGAUAGGUAAUCUGGACAGACAUGACGAGAUGGAGAAACUGGUGGCUGAGUUCCUCGGUGUGGAGUCAGCUAUGGCGUUUGGGAUGGGCUUUGCAACCAACUCCAUGAACAUACCAGCACUGGCAGGCAAGGGCUGUCUCAUUCUGAGCGAUGAGCUGAACCAUGCCUCUCUAGUCCUGGGAGCCAGACUCUCCGGGUCCACCAUCAGAGUCUUUAAACACAACAAUAUGCAGAGCCUGGAGAAACUGCUGAGAGAAGCCAUAGUUCACGGACAGCCCAGGACUCACAGACCGUGGAAGAAGCUCCUGAUAGUGGUAGAGGGCAUUUACAGCAUGGAGGGCAGUAUUGUGCGCCUGCCAGAAGUGAUUGCCCUGAAGAAGCGCUACCGGGCCUACCUUUACCUAGACGAGGCCCACAGCAUAGGGGCGCUGGGGCCAAGAGGGAGGGGGGUCGUGGAUUACUUUGGUCUCGACCCCUGUGAUGUGGACGUCAUGAUGGGCACUUUCACCAAGAGCUUUGGCGCUGCAGGAGGAUACAUCGCAGGGAAAAGGGAGCUUAUCGAGUACCUGCGCUCCCACUCCCACAGUGCGGUCUACGCCGUCUCCAUGUCUCCUCCUGUGGUGGAGCAAAUCAUCACUUCUAUGAAGUGCAUUAUGGGAGAGGAUGGCACAACAAUAGGCAUUGAGCGUGUGCAACAGCUGGCAGAGAACACAGUCUACUUCCGCAAGAGACUUCGAGAAAUGGGUUUCAUAAUCUAUGGAAACGAGGACUCGCCUGUAGUACCCAUGAUGCUCUACAUGCCUGCAAAGAUAGGAGCAUUUGGUAGGGAGAUGUUUAAGAGGAACAUUGGGGUGGUGGUUGUUGGUUUCCCUGCUACACCCAUCAUCGAAUCUCGUGCACGCUUCUGCAUCUCAGCCGCACACACAAAAGACAUGCUAGUCAGGGCGCUGAGUGUCAUCAGUGAGGUAGGAGACCUUCUUCAGCUCAAGUACUCCCGUCACAGAAAACAGCGGUCUGCGGUGCGGCCCUUUGACGAUAACGUGUACGAGGACAUCGACGACUGAUGAAACAGUCAUGAUGUGAACCGGAACAACCCUAAAAAAAAAAAACACAGGGCCCGUCAAGAUGGAUCACAAGGUCUUCCACAAGGACCCAGACAUGUGCACAGGUGCCCCUUGUCACCAGCUUGCCAUUAUUUAACCCUCCAACAAAAAAAGCACUUACAAACUAUCACCUUUGUUCUACUUUGCCUUACCUUAAAGUGCAGAAACGUGUGGUGACCAUGCUGAAAAACAACGUCUGCUUCAGUCUAACAACAUGUCUCCUUGUUUUCUGUCUGUUUCUUCAGUGCCUGUUAGAAGUGUCUCUGUUACGCUUGUUGUAUAUGAGGUGGAUGAAUGUUGAAUUUCACAGUGUCUCUGGUAUCGCAAGCUGCUUUUUGUUUUUUAAAUAGAGUGAACUUUUAACGGGUGAGUAAAAUAAUUUUAAAAUCAAAAGUGUAAGACUUUAUUUAAAGUAAACAUUCAGAUCACUGCUGUUGGCCAUGAUGUGAAUUAUUAAUCUGUAUCAUACAAAACAUUAAUAUCUAUAAUUAUCUAUCUGAUCCAGAUUUGGACAUCUUUUCAUCUUAUUCAUUUUUUUUUGCCAGUGUUUGUGGGGAAUAGCCUCGUCUGUUAAGCCCUGGUGAAGACGAGUCAAAGCUGAAGAGUUCCUUGAACCUGUCUUGACCUCUUUCAAAACAACCUCAAGUUUCAUCACACUACCUUCUGGUCAUUCCAUGAUUCCUUUGUUCAACUCAAGUUUUAAAGAAGAUCCUCAAGGUUGGCCCCCUCCAUGCAGUUUUACAUGUGGUGAAUGUCAUGUAGCACAGAGGAAUCCUUUUUACUGAAAUAUAUUUAUUAUUCAUUGGUUUUCAUCUUUGAGGAUCAGAAGCUCAAUAUAACUAUCAUGGCUGCUAAGCUGAUUAGCUGUUUUCUUACACUUUAUAUUGAACUAAUAGACAAAAAAGCAAUGUGGAUAUAAAUACAAAUAUAAGAUGGUAUCGAUUUGCUCAAUUUCAUUUAAAACCACACAAAUAAGCAGAUUCAGCAAACCAGUUGAGUUACAGUUACAUCACUAAUGUGAGCUAAUUAUUAACAUGCAUAUAAGAACACCUAAAACAACAAUGUAUGUUCUACAGCUGAGAGAUGUGUGUGUCUACAUUAUUACCAGCUCCAGAUCAAGACAACAGUGCCAAAGUGCAAAAUGAUUAGACGUACUAUAAUGAUGAUAAACCUUAUAUAAUGAUUACUCUUACUGAUUGCAAUGCCUUCAGAAUGACAGUUAAUCAACGCUACUGAAGCAUUGAUUACAUUAUACACUUUGUUCCAUAAUUCAAACUCCAACUCUCUGUAAAAUUUGGAUUCGGUUGGCCACCCCAGUUAACUUACUGGUUGCCAUAAUCUCUGGCAUGCUUCAGUUGAUUUUGUUUAUUAGAUUUACUUGGUUUGAAUUGGUAAAAUGUUUAUGUGAUGUAAAUGUCGGCUGUGUCUCAGUUGGUAGAGUCGUCGUCUCUCAACCGGAAGGUCGAGGGUUCGAUUCCCAGCUGGACCACAUGUCCGAUGUGUCCUUGGACAAGACACUUAACCCCAAGUUGCUUCCACUGCUUGUCAGUGGUGUAUGAAUGUGAUUAGUUACUUCUGAUGGAUGAUACUACUCAGCAGCCUCUACCAUCAGUGUGUGAAUGUGUAGGUGUGACAUGUUGUCUAAAAGCACUUUGAGUAGUCGGAAGACUAGAAAAGCUCAAGUCUGUUUACCUUUUAACUGUCCUUUUAAGUCUAGUUCAUUGCUGUCAAAGUUCUAGAGACAGAACCGUGUUGAUGGGUCAGCUUCAUUUGAAAUAAUACACUUGUUUACUCUGGGCCAGGUAGAAGAACAUCCUGCUAACACUAAACUAGUGAUCCUUCAUUUCCAUUCCUCCCCGGGUCCUUUUAGAAAAAGCCUCAUUGUCUUAGAUAACAUUACUUUAAUGUCUUGUAAAACAAGUUGCUCUCUCAUUCAUAUCUUAUUCAGUGUGUCAGGGGAGUGGAUUGUGUGCUGGCUUCAUAGAUUUUGGGUACUUUUGUGUGUAACUGCACUUCUGCCUCACUCUUCCUCCAUGUGCACGCCUGUAUUUUGUUCUUUGGGUUAAUCUGUACACUACAGGCCAGAUUUACUAAAGGUUUGUGUGUCUUAAAACGUGUGCAAACUUGAUACCACCAGCAAAAAAAGUGCUAUCUGAUCUACUAACAACGCGCAGUGAGGAUUGUGUCUUUCAAAUGACCAAAACAACACGCAUUGACCAUUUAGUACGUUUGACUUAAUGAAUAUUCAAUAUGGGGCGUUUCUGCCCUAACAAAUACUGGGAGGAGAAGAUGCAAACAAGUUAAGUUAGUACAUGCAUUAUGAUUUACCAAACCUGACAAACACUGCGGUGAUUGUGACUGUGUCUGUAUUUAACACCUUUGAAAAGAACGUGUUAACCCAGGAGACCAGUGUUACACACAACAUGCUGCUGUUAUUGUAGUUAGGAGGAGACAUAGGCACAAUAAAAGAAGACAUAAAGAUCACGUUUUUCCCCCACAUGUGUUUACAUGUUUCAAAUGACAUGCAUUUAUUUUUUAAUUUGAUUCAAUAAUAUUCUAAUCGUUAAGGAAGAGAAACACCAUGAUUAAACUGGCUGUUGUUGCCAUAGCCUACAGCCAAAGAAAACUGAACAUUCACAGCCUCUAAAUUCUAUAGAAUUUCAACAUUGACAUUUAUGUCUUCCUAUUUCCCUCAUUUCACCAACAUUAUAUUUUAAACUGGGGAUUUCCUUUUUCUCUGGUCUCUCGUCUCUCCCCCAGCUCGCCCCCUCCGGUGCGCUCCUCUCCAUAAUGCGCUCGUCUCCUCCCUCUAAAGCCCGCUGCUGCUACUCUGUAGGACGCUUGGAUUGGGGGACCUCACCACUGUUUGUACCCCCGUCUUUUUCCAGGGCAUUUAUGUCCAAUCAGACACAGCGCUGGCCAGCUGUCUGGUGCACAACAACGGCGAGUGUAGAGCGCCCGGUCCACAGAGGACACAGCUCACACCUCCUGCUCAAUGUAUGACAAUUCAUUCUUAAGAUUAAGGGAAGAAAAGAGAGGCCCUGUUUAAUGCCGAUGUUUUCUUAUAACCAAAAUUUUCAUUGUAAUAUUCAGAUUUAUCUCCUAUAACUAGAAAGUAUUGUGUGUUUAUUUGCCUCUUCCACUAAUACCUAUUUUGCGCUUGCAGUCAUCCUGCUUUCUGUCCAAACUCUCCGUGAUGUAAACCAGUAGAACACGCAAAAACCUAACUUAAAUAGUAUCGCCUCCACAAGGUUUGCACCUGUUGUCAUUCACGCAAAUUUUCUUAGUAGAUCACCCGCAAAACGCCCACCAACCAAACGUGCAAACUUCUGGAGUGAACACGCAAUUUAGUCCUCAUUACUUGGGAGUUUAGUAAAUCUGGCACUAUGUGCAAUGAGCUUAGAGACAACACUCCUAAAUCAAGGCAGCUGUGAAAGAAGAAAAGAAAAUCCCUCAUGCAUUCAUGCAAUCACACUGCCGUUGUGUAACCUCGUGUUACUCAUGAUGUACAGUCAGAAGUAAUUGAAGCUACAUUGCAACAUGCUCAAAAAUAUUCACUGUUUUGCAAGACAUUAACUUUUAUGAAUGUUUACUCCAACUCAAAGAAAGGUAAUGUGUGUGUCUUGGCUAGAAGGAGGUUCUAGUGUAUUCUUUCAUAUCCAUGUUUUCUGUUUCUGUAAAUGGGAGUUGUUUGUGUUAUUUACUAUUGAAAAGGUUCUUAAGACCUGAGUCUUUGAAAUAACAAAAUGACUGUCCAAAGCUUUGGGUUAUUAUUCUGUCACAUAAAUAUGCAGAAUGUCUUUUUGUUGUUUACACAGAGAAAGGUCAUCAAAUGAUACCAAGACUUUUUUAAAGGUUUAUUUUCAGACAGGAGAGUGGAGAGAGCUACAAACCCACACACCAACCACUAGGCCACCGGUGCCCCCUGAGAACAUAUUUUUAUAUCACCCCAAGAUCUCGUAUGGCCUGAUGUCUUAAUGAUGCUAUUUAUUAUAUAAAUUGUCAGAAUGAUUAAUGCUUGUUGAAAAAAGAGACUGUUGUGACAGUUUACAGAUUCAUCUUUUUUUUCCCCUGGUCAUCUGUUUGUAAAAAAAUUAAAGAGCACCCUUUAACACCCGCAGAAAUUCCAGCCCACAAAUGUAAUAAAUGGAUUUGCAGCUUUCACUGUAACAAUCCCACAAAUGUUAUACGUUACCCACAAACACAAGAGCCGUUACAAAUGUCGUACAAAAUAUCCAAAUGUAACGUAUGUAACACAUGCAGGGAUUUGUAAUGUUUCUUCAUCUUUCAAAAACAGGUAUGACUUCCCAAUAUGGAAAUGAAAAAUGAACUUUCUGGUCAUUGUUUGUUUGUUUGUAUAUUUACUUAUACACGUACCAAUGAUUUGAGUUAGCUCAUUAGAACAUAUUACUGGUUUGGGGGGGUCAAACAUGUCAAAGCAGCGCUCUGAGUGUGUAAUAGUCAACAAGUGCACCUUCUACCUUCUCUUCCACAAUCUCUCUCUCUCAGAUUCACACACAUGAAGCUUUAUCACAUCUUGUUAGUUCACAGACUUGUUUUGUGGCAUGUACAUACCUUUUUUAAUAUUACGUGUUUUUUUCUGUAAUGAGGAUUUGUCUGCAGCAGGUUCUUCUGUGUUUCUGUAGCAUCUGUUCAGCAUCACACACAGCAGACAGACAGGUCGAGACCCUGACAGGCUGAAAAGUCUCUUUUCUCACACUCUAAAGAACAUUCAGCUCAAGUUUGGAUAGGUUGGGUCUUUAAAAAAACCUCACUUGACAUCGCCUGUUGUUGUUUAGGAUCUUGACUGUAUUAGAUCAAGUGUUGAUGUAAUUAAACCUCAUCAUAUCACCUCUUCAUGCUAACAAUCAUACUUCAUACUUUUUUUUGCUAACAAUUAAACUUCAAUCUUUAGUAAAAAAAAAUGUCUGAAUGAGUUUAUUGGACCUAAAAGAAAAUGAUUAAAUAAACUGUAAACUAUUUAAAUGUAAAAUGUCUGCAUAUCAAACACCUGAAUAUGUAUUUAAAACAGCAAACCGUUAAUCUUGACAUGAAGUCAACUUCAAUUGAUGACAGGGAAUGGAUAUAUCCCAUUCUUAGUGAAGCAUUUAAAGAGGAUAAACUAUGUCAACAAACUGAAAAAAUACUUUAAUAGUGAGAGGGAUUCUGUCAUAGGACAUGUGAUGUCAUUCCAAAUGUGAUGUGUAGAUUUAUAUUCAGCAAUACAUUUACCUUGGAAGUCCUACCAAAAACUUGGCCAUGCAUUGCAAGCAGUAAAAAACAGUGUGCAGGGAUUUUUGAAGCAUUGCCCCCUAAGGGGCCUAAGGCCCCGCUUUGGGAAUCACUGGAUUAUGUUACAUUACAUAAAACUUUAAAUAAAAGUAUUAACCCUCA